UGACCAGCGCUGCGGUGGAGAGCGAUGGCGCGGCGAUGGAACAUGUUACAAUGCAGCGAUAGUGAUAGAGAUGGCCGUGAUGGAACAGCGAUAGCGAUUGCGCACCGGUGGAGAGCGAUGGCGCAGCGGUGGAGAGCGAUGGCGCAACGAUGGAACAACGAUAGGGAUGACGCAGCGAUGGGACAACGACAGCGAUGGAACAGCGAUAGCGAAGGCAGCGGUGGCGAUAGCGAUAGCGAUGGCAGCGAUAGCGAUGGCAGCGAUAGCGAUGGCGCACCGAUUGAGAGAUGGCGCAACGAUGGAACCAAUGUUGCCAUGACAUCUAUGGUACCAGUGUUGCGAUGGCGCAGCGAUGGCCAGCGAUGUGAUGAGAGCGAUGGCGAUUGUCAGCGCUGCGAUGGUCAGGCGAGCGCGACGGCUGCGAUGGGGGAUAUAGCUUUGCGUCUCGAUGGCGAUGAGGUAAGCGCAUCGAUGGCGAUGGUGCAUGGCGAGCGUUGCUGAUGGCGAUGAGCUAAGCGCAUCGAUAAUGAUGGUGCAUGGCUAAGCGCAUCGAUCCGUU